AUGGCUGAGUUCUAUCCUUCGUUGACUCAAUGCGCCCUCGUGGCCGCUGCGUUUAAGAUCCUCUUGUUCCCGGCAUACAAAUCUACCGACUUUGAAGUUCAUCGCAACUGGCUUGCGAUUACUCAUUCACUUCCAGCCAAGGAAUGGUAUUACGAGAAAACAUCAGAAUGGACGCUGGAUUAUCCUCCGUUCUUUGCCGGGCUGGAAUGGUGUCUUUCCCAGAUUGCUGCAUUGAUGGACCCCGAAAUGCUCAAGGUGCAGAACCUGAACUAUGACUCCUGGCAAACAGUGUAUUUCCAACGCAGCUCAGUGAUUGUUCUUGAACUGGUGCUCGUAUAUGCCCUAAAUAGAUAUAUCAAGUCUGCGCCAUCUCAAGGAGCCAAGGAGCUGGCUCAUGCUGUCAGCUUGUCGAUUCUUCUCUCUCCUGGCUUGCUGAUAAUUGAUCAUGUUCAUUUCCAAUACAACGGCUUCUUGUAUGGGAUUCUUAUUCUCUCAAUUGUUCUGGCGCGGAAGCAGUCUACGCUAUUCUAUAGUGGCCUCACUUUUGCCAUUUUGCUCUGUUUCAAGCACAUAUACCUCUACCUCUCGCUAGCAUGGUUCGUUUACCUCCUACGAGCCUACUGUCUGCAUCCUAGCUCUAUGUUUAGGCCUCAGUUUAGCAACAUUCUGAAGCUGGGAAUAGGCGUUGUUGGUGUCUUUGCAGCAGCAUUUGGACCGUUUGCAAAUUGGGGUCAGCUGUUGCAAGUCAAGGACAGGCUUUUCCCAUUCUCUAGGGGUUUGUGCCAUGCUUACUGGGCACCUAAUAUCUGGGCCAUGUACUCCUUUAUUGAUCGGGUAUUUAUUCUAGUUGCACCGAGACUAGGAUUGCCUGUUAAGACUGACGCUCUGGCUAGUGUGACCAGAGGUUUAGUCGGAGAUACUUCUUUUGCUGUUCUCCCAGAGAUCACAAAAGAGUAUACCUUUGGGCUGACUUUUGUAUUUCAAAUACUGUGCCUUGCGAAACUGUGGUUCCAACCAGACUGGGAUACCUUUGUGGGAGCGGUGACGAACUGUGCCUUUGCCGCCUUUCUCUUCGGUUGGCAUGUCCACGAGAAGGCUGUGCUCCUCAUCAUCAUCCCGUUCAGCUUGCUGGCCAUCAAGGACCGACGAUACCUAGGUGCUUUCCGCCCACUUGCAGUAGCAGGCCAUGUAUCUCUGUUCCCUCUUCUAUUUACCGCAGCAGAGUUCCCUAUUAAGACGGUUUAUACCAUUCUCUGGCUGGUGCUGUUUCUCUUCGUCUUUGGCCGACUUGCACCAGCUCCAUUGAGGCCUCGUGUAUUUCUUCUUGAUAGAUUUUCACUUCUGUACGACACCGUGUCGAUACCGUUGAUUGUCUAUUGUUCGUUGGUGCAUGGGAUGGUGUUUGGGAAGCGAUAUGAGUUUUUACCGCUGAUGUUUACCAGUGCAUAUGCUGCUGUGGGUAUCCUGGGGAGCUGGGCAGGGUUUAUGGUAGUCUAUUUUACUUCUUAG